UAUCUGCUCCGAAUGACUAACGUAAGGCCUAUACCCUUAUCAUAGAAUUCAAAGGCAAGGCUGAUAGAAUGGCCUCUUGGCUCUUCCAGCUAUAAAAAUUCUAUAUCUUUCAUUAUGCUCUAAAUACUCGCUUGCAGUUACAUAUUCAUCUGAGCAUAAAAAUUCAGAUAGCUUCCCAUCGCCCACUAUAGCAUAAGGCCUAUCACAUGUAAGCCUCGUUCCUCACCUUUUGUAUCUAGGAAAAUAUAGCUACCAUUCCUUCCCACCUUUAUCUCUUGCUUUCUGAUCAUAGUACUCACAACUUUACAGCCAUACCAUUGCCACUAUGGAGAACAAAUACAAACAUAAGACUGGCUCACAUCCUCUUCGCUUCGUCUUAUACACGAUAUUUCUGUCUACAGCAAUUAUAUCGACUUUUGUUCUACUAGCACACAAAGAAUUACUUCCAUUCAUCGCCCCAGUACAAAAGCUCGUUGUGUAUCAGAUCUGUCCCGAAGCUCAAGGCAACACUGCUGGAGCCACAAUUCAGAACCUACCAGCAAGUGAUCUCUAUCCCAAGGUUUUUCAACCCAUUCCAGCGCUUGAAGCUGCGAUUGGUGAUGCUGAGGACGUGAACUGGGAUGAAUAUCUUCUUACCCCAAAUGGCGGUUUCAUCAUGGUCGAUGAAGGAGAUGGAGUUAUAAAAGGAUACGGUGUGACUAUGUUUCAUCAGUUGCAUUGUCUAGGAAUGAUCAGGACGAUGUUGUUCGGGGGGGCCAUGAAUCAUGAUCAUGAAGUCCAAGGGGCCGAAUGGUCUAAAAAUCCGCUUCAUUUCCUCCACUGUCUGGAUUAUAUUGCCCAGGUAAGUGGUCUAGAUCUCUGAUUUUUUCACGAAAGUAUGAUGAUGCUGAAAUUGUACUAUCUAUCAGGGAAUCAUGUGUACAGCCGACGAUACUCUUGAAGUUCCCAAACCAACUACCAACGCCAUGGGUAAAGUGGUGGAUGGAAUAGAUGGGAUGGGCCACGAGCAUCAAUGCCGUAAUGCUAGUGCUCUUCGGGAAAAAGUGCUUCUUAGUGAAAGUAAACCAGUCUGGAGAGCAGCUCUUGGUCGGACUAGUGUGUUCAGUCAUCGCGCUAUUCCGGUAACCUGAGUUUCGAGCACAGGAGACAAAGAAGCCGACUAGUGGAUUUAUGUUGUGGGAAAUUAAGACCGUGUUCCAGCGAAUAUUAGAAAGACGCAGAUUGGAAGAUAUAGUAUGCUAGAUAACGAUGAACCUGAGAAGCACUUUGUUCUGU